CCCAAGCAACUUCACGCCAGUUGCCCCCCGGCCGCGUGCGAAGACAGACGCACGCUCGACGCUCCCCCGAAACUAUCGUCAAAAUAACUGUUAAACAAUUUAAAGUGUUACAAAUCGAUUCGCACCGCGAAAUUUGACAGUGUAAAAGUGAUGACAAGUGACGCGUGCCCACCAACACUCGCCGAACGAUGACCGAAACUUUGGAGAAAAAAAGUUGGAAAUGCAAUCGGCCUCACCAAAAAAAUAUAUUGUGCUCGUAAUGUAGUGAUGUACCGAUGGGAUCCCAGUGCGACCGAAAUCUUGUAGCUAGUGAUGUGUACUGUGAUAUAAAAAAUCGACAAUCAAGUAGAUGAUUGCCGUUCGUGAUAAUAUUAGUUUAUUAGUUACCAAAGAUUCCUGAUGAUCUUGUACAUUAGUUUGUGUUUCAUAUUGGUAGUUUUAGCCGACCCUCUGCCGGGCAAGCACGUGCCGCUGGAAAGUUAUGAGAGCGAGCUGGAGCGAGAACACGCGCUCCCCACUUCGGUUCCCAACGCGGACAUCCUCAAGACCAACAGCAACCCCACCUACCACAAGCCUAGACCCCCCCAACACCACGGCGCGGCACUACUGGCCGGGGUGGGCGCGGGGGCGGUGCCCUCGUACGCCCCCCCCGGCCGGGCCUUCUUCACGCCCCCCCUGCCGCCGGAGUAUAGGAACCCGUUUGCUGACAAGCCGACACUUAGAGGCACAAACACGGAUGGGAACAACUAUCUCAACCGACGGCCGAUCCCUCCCCCCUCCCUCGGGCCAGGCCACGAGAGGAUACCCAUCAGACCUCCGGGACAGGAAACAUCGUCCCCACAAGUGCCGGCGCCGCCGCCUGCGCCGCCGCUUCCCCCAGCGGGUCUCGAGCCCCAGAAGAAGAAAGCACUCAACACCCCUAGCCAUAAGCCCGACGAAUUAGACAGCGACGUCAAGCACGGGACAGACCAAGCUAACUUCACGGACUUCGUCCCGAAUUCCCUGAACAUCCCGACCAUAUCCCGGAUCCUAUCCGGCUCCAAUGGCCGCAAGGAGGACAUACCAGAUGUGCUCCUGAGGACAGUCACAGCCAAACCUCAACACAAUCAGGAGAGGACCUCAAAAUCCGACAUCUACAUCACUAAAGAUGCCGGAGUGACUCUCAGCGAUGCAAACAGGGACUCCUCAACGGAAGGAUCAGUCCUAGCAGUAUUAGACCCAGAAAUGAACAACUUAGAUAGGCCCCUGAUAGUAGACCAGAAUGGAGAGACCAAUACAAGAAGAAACCUCCAGUAUGCUACCAACAAACAAAUAGAUGAGAGGAAGAAUGAUAGCUACACUCCAGCCACGACCAUAGGCUUUGAGCUACGGGACCCAGAAAUGUCUACGGAGAGAUAUCACAACUUAGCAAACGUGAACUCUGAUAAGAAGAUGCUGAAACACGACCAGAAGAACAACGGGCCUGUCCAGAGGCAAGGAAUCACUUGGCCUUUCGCGUGGGGACUCCACGUCCACUCCGCCACCAUCAUAUUCACAAUCUUAGCUAUUUAUUCAAUUUACAAAAUCAUAGUCUAUAAUAGAAUAACACAUUUAUUUACACAGUACUACUUCAUUAUAUUACACUUGAUCCUCGUUUUCGUUUGUCUGAUGAGGAUCUUUUACAUGUGCUACGACCCUUAUAACAUCAAGAAUUCUUUGCCGAUAUUCUUGAGCGAGAUUCUCCUGCACGUCCCAGAGAUUUUCUUGAGUAUAGCGUUCUCUUGCACCAUUUUGUUCCUUUUAACGAAUAGCAUUAACUUUAAAACGACGUGCUGCUCUUUCCUAUUUCGUCCUAGGACGAUCAUAAUCGGCGGCAGCCUGCACAUAUUAUCGUGUUUAGUAUUACAUAUCUUUGAAAAUAGUAACACAAUUUAUAGAACUCCGCAGGGGGUCGAAAAAAGGGUAUUAGGUCUAACUUGUCAAAUAAUAUUUAUUCUAGCGUGUCUUAUCCUGGGCAUUUGCUACCUCUAUGUAUAUAAAAAAUUAAAAUCAAUAUUGCAGAGAAAGAGUAAUACAUACCAGGUGGGAUUCAAGAAUUUCUACCAGGCGAUACAUAUAAACUUGGCCACGGCUCUGCUGUUCGUUCUGAUGGCCUUGCUUCAAAUAUACGGGAUAUUUGGGAUCAACCACAUGAACAUGACCAAGUUCAACUGGUUGCAAUGGGGUUACCAGUUCUCCCUGCGGCUCAUAGAAAUCAGUAUAGUAGCUCUCAUCUCUUGGGUCACUAGCUUAAAGUUAGUGACGUCACUUCAGCACGAGAAGACGGAUGGCAACAAAAUAUCAGGCUUAGGUCUCUUCCCUUGCACGACUGGUUCCAGUAACGAGCAGUUCGAAUCCGACUACCCAGCCAUUUGCGGGACGAAUACCAACCUUAAGACGUACAACGUAAGGAUGGGUAAGCCGAUAUACGAAACUGCAGGGCAUCAUCCGACGUUGCCUGACCAGUACUGCGGUCCCGAUCAUCCCAGAUUCCUGAACACUUUAGCUGGGAACUGCGAUAAUAACUCAGGCACGGAGAACUAUUCAGGGCACAGUUCUAUAGCUAACGCUGGGCACAGUACUUCGACUGAAUCCAGCAAUGCUACGUCCAGUCAGGGUGUCACAAAUCAUUUGAUCAAACCGCAUCCAAGCAUGGCUGGAUACAAUGGGAUAGAAUCAGCGUCGGAUGACCAUUAUUCUAACUGCGACCCGAUUCAAUCCUUACAGGGUGACGAGCCCUUAGACCACGAGUAUAACGUCAUCCAAUACGGCAGUAACAGCGACUUUAUUCGCGACAUCAAAAACCAGAACUACAACAGCGGUUCCAACCGCAGCUCGCACAACUUCAAACACAUGUCCUACGAUAGGGUAUCUUCCAGAACGAACAGCAACCCGCGCAAAAAGCACCGGGUCAAGAACAAGAACGUUCAGAAUUGCAUGACGAUGGGGUACGACUCGUCUAUAGGGCACCACUACCACCAGCCGCAUAUGCCAGACGAUUAUGGCAAUUAUAAUACAGAGAACGCGUCGUACCACGCGUCUGGGAUUCAGACUCUGAACCCGAAUAGGGGGUAUGGUGAUCAGAUAAGGAGUUCGCAGCGUCGGAAUUCGCCUUCGACGUCGGUGAUCAAUUCGAGCGGGAGUCAGAAAAGGGGGAAAGGGAAUGGGUUCCCGGAGAGACCGAAAUCGACUGACUUGUACGGUUUCUCUGAGGAUCCCAAUGAGAGGAGCUAUCCAUGCGCUUUGGGGCCGGCUCCGCAGCCGGCUCCUAGGUCCUGUGCGUAUGAUGCUUCGUACUCGCAGCCUCAGGAUGAAUUGCAUCCGAACGAGGCUGAUGGGAACAGCAUGCUCGUCGCCCAAGACGGCUUCGUCAGAUUCCGCCCCUUGGAAGACAAACCCUCGCAAACCUGAUUCACCAUCUCUCUGCCCUACCCGGCAGAACUCGGCUUUUGAUACAGGAGCUCUCUCCCCACACUAAAUGACGUCACACGUCUAUGUACCUAUGUAAAUGUCUAAUUAGGUCGUAUUUAAGCCAACAAUAAUUAAAGCCUAAUGUAUAUAGCCAUUUUAGUUUAGCGACUUUUGUAUAUUGCAAGCAUCGUCUUGAAUGGAUAAUGCCAUCUAGUUUUUAAGUUAAAUAUCGUGGAAUAAAUGGAAAUAUUGAGAUAUUGCUGUUUAUAAAAUGUUGAAAAGAUUUAAUAGAUAUCUAAACUGUUGGACGAAUGUGCGGACGCUUGAUUGCAGUUUUUUUUAAGUAAAAAUGAACGAAUGACUCACGAGUAUAACAUAAUUGAUGUGUAAAAAUAAUUUUAACAUUUCGACUAAAUAAAACUCACUGUAUGAAAAUUAAUUGCAAAAAUAAAUGUAAAUAAAUUUAAAUAAUUACACUUAUAAUAUUGAUAGUGUAUUAAAUUAUCAAAUUAAAAAUGAAUCUUUUUCUAAAUCAAGCAUUAUUAAUAAUUUUACCAGGUCCCCAUUUUGUUGAACAUUAUUAAUUGUACGAAGCAAAACCCCUAGUUAAUGCCAUUAAUAGAUACGUAUUUAUAAUAAUAUGCUCCAUUUUAUAUAAUUAUAUAGAUUUAAACUGUAUGUGAUAUUGAUAUUAAAUUUUGUUUGAAACAAAACAGUCCAUAGCAUAGUAUACUUAAGAUUUAAUAUCCCUUGAAUCCCGCAAAUUAUCGAAUGUUUGAAAUAAUAAUUUUGUGCCACUGAUUUUAUUAAUUUUCAAUUAAUAUUAAUGUUUUAUUAAUUCUACGACACGUUUUUCUAUUAGUGACAUAUAGUUGCAAUAACUGUUAUUUUACAUAAUGUGUGAUUUAAAUAUUUUUUAUACGAAAGUAAUUGAAUUAUGUUGUAAUUUGUACAAUGUAAAAAUAUCUGAUGUCCUAUUAAAUGUUACCACUUUAGAGAUUCCUUAACAUUAGUAAUGCGACAUUAGAUACACAAUUUAGAUACAUAACACGAUAUAUCAGCAUUGCACAUUACCUCAAUGCAAUACAUGAAUUUAUACGAACUCGAUAACUCCACUUAUACAUGUAUAAAUUACUCAAAACAGACUUAUACAGCCUCUCAAACCAUGCCAGUGGAGUUAUCACUAUACCAUUUAUCCUGCCAUUUAAUUAUUAAAAUAAAAUCAUUAUUAUAAUGAUAUCUUAUUAGACUACAUAAAUGUUGAACAUAAUACGUGUUAAUAUAGACAAAAAAUAUCUCAAAUAAAUGUUGACCCUACUCUAGAUAGGUAAUGAAAAUAAUUGUAUAAAUUAGAAAAAAAUCAAAGAUUAUUUAUGAGAAAAAAAUACAGUUCUUUGUACUAACAUAAAUAUGAUUUGAGGAUAUUACAUUGCUUGUUCCAUCUAUGUAAAUAUAAAUUGUAUUAUGGUAGGUAUAUCUCUAAUACCAUACUUGGAUACUUUUAAUUUUGUAUAUAAAACGAAGGGUUACUGUGGAGUACCCGCUGAACUAAACUCGAUUUGUUGUAUGUAAAUUAUACGAUUUUUUUUCAAAUAUGUCUAAGACUGUACCUACCUUAUCAUGGACGAAAUGAUAAGUGACAUUUAAUAUGUAAAAAUUAAUAAAAACGGUAAUAAAA